AUUGUAUUCAUCGCCAAAACAUAAAUCACAAACUCAAUCAUCACUCACUCUCUCUCUAAAACUCAUCAAUGGCGAAACGAAGCUCAUCUCUCCUCUCUCUCUCCUCAUUCUUCGUCCCUCGAGGCGGCGACUCUCUCUUCUACCUCAUCGCCCUCCUCUCCCUCCUCUCUCUCCUCAUCCACCGCCUCUCUCUCUCCUCCGUCUCCGCCGCCCACUUCGAAGGCUUCGACGCCGACGACGACGAUGAAGUCAUCGAAUCCUCCAUCUCCGAUCUCCCCGUACGAUCUCAUCCACCGCCUUCGACCACUCUGACUUCACUCUCCGAUCACGAAUCUCAUCACGGACCUCCGAUCUCGGCAGUCGAAUCGGAGACGCAAGCUCCGCCGUCCGAUCUGGCGGCGUCUAAACCCUUGCAGACGUCGUUUGAGUAUUGGGAUGAAGAUGAGUUCGAAGGCUUGCCUGAGAAGACGCAAAUGCCCUCGGAAGCUGAUGAAUUUACGGAGACUGCCACUGAGGUUGAAAAGGAGCAAGUUAAACCCAAGGAGAGUGUUAAAAGAGGUUUAAGUUAUUAUACAAUCGAGAUUAUUUGCGUUGCUUUCUUAAUUAUGUUUUUGAUCAAUUAUUUCACUGGAAAAAAAGAGAAUGAGAAUAUUGCAUUGGCUUGGGCCACUACUUUCGCCACCAAAAACUCGAUCUUUGAGAAGAAUUUUAGUUUGUUAGGUGUUGGGGAAGGCGAUGACUCACCCUUGUUGUUGAAAGAAGGGCAGAAUGUGUUCAAGUUUUACGCGAGUGGUCGGAGGUUUUGUCAGGGGUUGUUGGCUACCAUUGAGCUCAAGAGUAGACAUGAUUUGGUAUCUAGGUUGUACAAUAUGGUUGUGCCGUGUAAGGAUGAGAUUAGUUUUGAGAUUUAUAUGAAUGAUGAUGCGAUGGAUAAUGUGAUUUUUGCUAUGGCUAAGAAGAAGGCGGCUAAAAGUAUGCAGAAAGAGGAGAGGGAUUUACAGAGGUUUGCUAAUAUGGUUUCACCACCAAGUAAUAGGAAGUGGGUUGUGGAGGAGUUGGCAGCUGUUUCCGAGUCUAAGGAAGUUGCGGGCGAUAUGAUAACGGAUGUUGUGCUUGAGCAGGUCUUUGGUGAGAAAGCAUUUGAAAAAUUUGGGAGAAACUUCAUCUCAAUGCAUUUCUCUGAUCAAUACCCAGGCUCACAUAAGAAAAUUUUGAUGUUCAAGUUUGCUAUCCCUGAUAUCAAACAUAUGGGUGACAUGACAAGAUUGGUGGCUCUUGUGCCGUAUUACAUUGAUCUAAUUGGUCGUUACAAGCUUAGUUCACAGGCUCGUUCUAAAACAGAAGUGGCAAGGAACAAACUUGCUCAAGAAGUAUAUAGAGAACUUCAAUAUGCUAGGCAAGAAGAGUUGCAGAAAAAGAAAGCUGAUCGUAGAAAGAUACUGGAGGAGGCUGAGGCAAAGCUCAAUGCAGAGGCUCUUCGCAAGAAAGAAGCAAAAGAGCGUGCUCGCCAGUUGAAGAAGUCGAUGCCAAAAGUGAAGAUGACCCGAGCUCACUGAAAUUAAAGAAGCACAAGUGCCAUUCCUCAUGCUAGUUUGCUUUCCAGUUGGUCUCUUAAUACUGUAUUUGACAAUGUACUGUAGACAUGAUGACCAAAAAAUCUCAAAGACAAUUCUGAGGAUGCAGUUUAAGUAGCUGCAAUCUAGAAUGUUGGAACAUAUGUAGCUAGCCACUUGUAGGCAUUAGCAAAUUCUGUUGCUACUUCUUCACUAAUAUUUGAGCAAAAUCCCAGGAUGCGUAAUAUUGUGAAGUCUGCUUUUAGCAAAAUCGGCCGUGUAAACUUCCAGGUGCUGUAUUUUUGUGGACUACGUUCUGUUUUGGAAUAUGUUUACAUUCACACAGUUGAACAUUCAGAGUUAAAUAGGUGAAUUUCAUUUCUAUUCAA